UCCCGCCCGCCUGCCCUCCCUCCUUCUCUCUCUCCUCCCUGGGCUGCUUUCGGGAGCAGACUGUGGUGCCUUGCACACUUCUUGGGGGCAAGAGUGCCGGAGAGAGUGCUUGGGUGUGUGAGUGAGUGAAUGAGAGAGAGAGUGAGUGCAAGGCAGGGAAACACAGAAACACAGAGAAAGGGAGAGAGAGAGAGAGAGAGAGAGAGCAAGAGAGAGAGAGAACAAGAGAGAGGGAGACUCCUGUCCUGUCCUGUGGAUUUAGAGGCUGGGGCAUGUCACAGUAAUCCUCUGGGAGCUCUGGAGCCAAAGCUGCUGAAGUGCUGAAUGACUGCUGAGUGUGCGAGAACGAGAACGAGAACCAGAAGGGAUGUCUAAACGCGGUGGGAUGUCGCCACGCCGGUGGCUGGGCCUCCCCUGGCUUGUGGUACUGGUGUGUGCGGUGGGACUCUCGGAGGGCUGGUUGUGGUGGGACGACAAAGAUGCCAAACCGACGACGCCGGCCACGUCCGUGCCUAGGCCGAAGACGCAGCAGAGGAGAAAAGAAGAAAACGGCCUGUCUCUGCUCCAGCUGAUCGGCAACCCGCCCCCGUCCGACGUGGAGCAGGUCGACGCCCCUGACGGCGCCCCGGGCUACGUCUUCGGCCCCAACUCCAACUCGGGUCAGCUGGCGCACGCCCACCUGCCCAACCCCUUCUGGCGCGACUUCUCGCUCAUCUUCCACGUCAAGCCCACGUCGACGCGCGGCGGCGUGCUCUUCUCCGUGACGGACGCCCGGCAACAGAUCAUGUACGUCGGGGUGAAGAUCUCGGACGUGCAGGGCGGCAACCAGCGCAUCCUGCUGUACUACACGGAGCCGGACUCCACCAACUCCUACGAGGCGGCCUCCUUCACCGUGCCCUCCAUGCAGAACCGCUGGACGCGCUUCGCCAUCGCCGUCAACCAGGAGAACGUGCUCUUCUACUUCGGCUGCGACGGCGAGCCGGACGUGCGGAACUUCGAGCGCUCGCCCGACCCCAUGGACCUGGAGAACGGUGCCGGGAUCUUCGUGGCGCAGGCUGGCGGCGCCGACGCUGAUAAGUUCCUGGGUGUCAUUUCAGUGCUGAGGGUCAUCGGAGAUCCCCGGGCAGCAGAGAUGCACUGCGAUGAGGAAGGAGACGACGCCGAUGGAGAAUCGGGAGACUAUGGAAGCGGAGAGGGCGAAAGGACACCCACCAUCUCGACGACCCCUCCAUCCCUGCGGCCCAUCCCCAGGCCCCCAGUCACACCCCCAAGGUCCUCCGGCUAUGACCGUGACAGGCAAUCUGUGGACCACCACUCCAGAGAUAGAACAUGGGGAGCUCAAGGAGGCUCUUCUUCAGGCAGCGCCAACGUGGCGGGAUCCGGGUCCAAGGGAGAGAAGGGCGAUAGAGGAGCUAAAGGAGACCAGGGGCCAGCCGGGCCGAAAGGAGAGAGCGGCAGCGGCGGCUAUGGAGGCAGUAGCGGAGCCGGCGGCCGCGGAGAGAAGGGUGCCAAAGGAGACAAGGGUCUUGGAGGGCCUGGUCCUAAGGGAGACCGCGGUUAUCCUGGUCCUCCUGGUCCUCCCGGGCCUCCAGGAUCCGGGCCUGAGGUAGUGAGCGUGGGUGACGGGUCGGUCAAAACCAUCCCUGGACCCAGAGGACCACCUGGGCCUCCCGGAUCGCCUGGCUCGCGCGGUAACGACGGAGAACCCGGUGACCCUGGUGAGGAUGGCAAAGAGGGGCCUGUUGGACCUGCCGGAUUCCCCGGUUCCCCGGGAGAUGCGGGCCAGAAAGGAGCGAAGGGCGAACGUGGGGAGGGUCACCAAGGCCCUCGGGGGUUGCCAGGUCCCCCCGGGCCCCCCGGACUGUCUUACGGAUCCAGAGACAGACUUACAUACGUGGACCAGGAGGGCUCUGGAUAUCCUGAUGGUGGAAGGGGUUUACCUGGACCGCCCGGCCCACCUGGUCCCCCUGGACCACCUGGACAUGGGGGCUCGUCUGGAUCCGGCGGCUCUGGAGCACCCGGAACUCCCGGAAGACCCGGAAGUCCUGGACUCACUGGACCUCCCGGCCGACCAGGACCUCCCGGACCAGCCGGACCCAAGGGCGAUUCUGGUGAUUUGGGACUUCCUGGGGCAGUGGGAGAGAAGGGCUCCAAGGGUGCCUCUGGCACUCCCGGCACCCCAGGCCAAACAGGCCUCGCUGGUCUUCCCGGACCCAUGGGACCCGUCGGCCCUCCAGGACCUCCCGGACCCCCAGGCCCAGGCCACGGCUACGGUGGCGAUGCCGGCUUUGAUGAUAUGGAGGGUUCUGGUGUUGGCGUCUACCCUGGCCGUCCUGGAAUAAGGGGUCCUGAUGGUGUGCAGGGCCCACCUGGUCUUCCCGGAUUCCCUGGGAAGGCUGGUUUGCCCGGCCUCCCUGGGCCUAAGGGAAAUGAGGGACCCCAAGGAAGAGACGGUCGACCUGGACUGGACGGUUUCCAGGGACCAGAGGGACCACAGGGUGAGAGAGGAGACAGAGGAGAGAAAGGAGAACCCGGUAGAGACGGCGUUGGCAUCCCAGGACCACCUGGACCCCCAGGACAGAUCAUCUACCAGUCUGGCGGCAGCUAUGAUGGAAGUAUCCAAGGACCCCAGGGCAAUCCUGGACUGCAGGGUCAGGCAGGAUUCCCUGGCCCGAUGGGACCGAAAGGUGACCGAGGUGACCCCGGCUAUCCUGGAACUACGAUCAAGGGUGAAAAAGGAGAACCGGGAGCAAUCAUCGGGCCUGAUGGCAAUGCCAUUUACUUCGCUGGGACAGGUGGACAUAAGGGUGACAUGGGACCUCCCGGACCAGUGGGGCCAGCUGGACCUUAUGGACCAGAAGGGCCAAAAGGUGAAAUUGGAUUCCCUGGCAGACCAGGUCGCCCUGGUGUCAAUGGCUACAAAGGAGACAAAGGGGAACCAGGUGGUGGAUCUGGUGGAUAUGCCUACCCCGGACCCCCAGGACCUCCCGGACCUCCAGGCCCACCCGGCCCAUCUGUGGCUGCCGAUCGCUUUAAUAGAUAUGAUGAUCAAGGAUCAAGGAAUUACCCUGCUGAGAAAGGAGAGAAGGGUGACCCUGGUACUCCUGGACUCCCAGGUACUGCCUAUGACAUCGACUACCUGUCAGUGAUUGGGAAACUCAAGGGCGAGCCAGGAGACACAGGUGGAAAGGGGGAGAAAGGGGAACCAGGCGGAGGAGGCUACUAUGGAGGGGGCUACGGAGGCGGCCAGGGACCCCCAGGAAACCCAGGACUUCCAGGACCAAAAGGAGACUCCAUCAGAGGACCCCCAGGCCCCCAGGGCCCAUCAGGUCCCCCAGGAGUGGGCUACGAUGGCCGGCCGGGCAACCCUGGACCCCCUGGGCCGCCAGGACCAGUAGGAGGAGGACCUGGAGCCUACCGACCAACUAUCAGUAUUCCAGGACCACCAGGCCCUCCCGGACCUCCUGGACACCCUGGCCAAUCAUCUGUCGUACUUGUCCAGAGAGCAUUUGAAGUGGUGUCUACUGCAAGGAGGUAUCCAGAGGGAAGCCUGGUCUUCGAUGUAGAGAAGAACGCUCUUUACAUCAGAGUCAGAGAUGGCAUCCGUCAGAUUAUGCUUGGAGACUAUUUCCCAUUCUAUCCUGGUCUGGAUAACGAGGUUGCGGCCGCCCAGCCCCCUCCGGUCAUCCACUACGAGCCUGACCACGGCGCUGGCAGCGUGUCGCGACCCAUCGAGCCACCGCCCCAGCAGCCCGCCGACAUCCCACGGCCCCACGAGCCAGAGACGCACCCAGACACCCGUUACCCCUCGCACACUGACCCCAGAUACCCCCACAACCCUCACAAUCCACAUGAUCCACACAAUCCACACAACCCCCACAACCCUCACAACCCACACAAUCCUCACAACCCACACAAUCCUCACAAUCCGGACCCGAGGUACCCUCCCCAGACCGACCCCAGGCAACCCGCCCAGCCUGAGGUCAGACCUCCCCCUGUUACCCCUGUUCGCAGGCCCGUCGCCCCUGAGCCCGAGCCCGCCAGGCCAGUUGUGGUGGACAACACGGGUCCAGGGCUUCAUCUGAUAGCCCUGAACGCGCCCCAAGGCGGCAACAUGCGGGGCAUCCGCGGGGCCGACUUCCUGUGCUUCCAGCAGGCGCGCGCCGUGGGCCUGACGGGCACUUACAGGGCCUUCCUGUCCUCCAAACUGCAGGACCUUUACAGCAUCGUCCGCAAGUCUGACAGGGACACUCUGCCCAUCAAGAAUAUAAAGGGCGAAGUGCUGUUCAGCAGCUGGGAGUCUCUCUUCACGGAGGCCGGGGGCAGGAUGAAGGACAACGCUCCCAUCUACUCCUUUGAUGGCCGCGACAUCCUCAGGGACAGCGCAUGGCCGGAGAAAAUGGUGUGGCACGGCUCCAGCCCGCGUGGCCAGCGGCAGAUGGACAACUACUGCGAGACGUGGCGGGCGGGCGACCGGGCGGUGACGGGCCUGGCCUCCUCGCUGCAGAGCAGCCAGCUCCUGCAGCAGACACCCAGCAGCUGCUCCGGCUCGUACGUAGUGCUCUGCAUCGAGAACAGCUACGUCGCACCGUCCAAAAAGUAAAACCAACCACAACAACAACAACAACAGCGACAUUAUAACGACAAUAACUAACAGAUAAAAAGAACGACGACAACAACGACAAAGAAAUCAAGCCCUCCAGUUCUUUUGUUUGUUUUUAUUUUUUUAUUUUUACACUUCCUUCCGUUCCGUUUUUUAGCAUCCAGGGAACACAUGUAAAAAUCCAAAAAACAGUUUGAAGCCAGACCUAUUGUCAUCCUGACAAACCUCGCCUUAUUUCAUGUAAAAAAAAACAACUACAUCGUCUACGUAGAUGCCGUGCAGCAUGCACAGCAGGUCACACUGAUGGAACUGGGACUGAAAAGGCUGAGAGAAGAGAGAGGAGUCCAAUUGUUAUACGUUCAUCCCCUCUGCAAUGCCAAAGAGACGAACCUGACGGAAAAGGUGUUUGCCCUCCUUCUCUGUGGGGGGCGCUGGCACAUAACGUCUACUGAGUGGCUGAGGCUAAGAGGAGGAGCUCCAGCCACUUGCUGGCAGUGUUUGGAAAUCGUAACCGUGAUACAUUUCUUUUUUUGUAUAUUAAUUGUACUGUUUGUGUUGUUUGUUCUUGUUUUAAUUUUUUGUUUUUGUUUUUAUUCAUGUUACAUUUCAAAAUGUCUUAAUUUGGUGUAAUUGGUACACUAGACCAAUUCCUAGCAAGCAAACAUAUUUUUUUGUGUAACUGUUCAACUUUUUAUAUUAUUUCAAUUUUCCAUUAUAAAAAUUGUGGGAUAUUGAGGGGCAAGAAAGCUUAAAAACACUAAGGAUAAAAGAAAAUAUUAGAUAUUUAUUUUGAAAUGAAGUUUUUUAGAAAUAACAGACAAUUCAAUUUGAGAUUUAAAAGAAAAAGAAAAAAAACAAAUAAAACUAUUUUUCUCUUAGUGAGCACUUUCUCUCAGAAUCUAUCAGACAUUUCCACAGGGGAGUGUGUGGGUGAAUAGCAAUAGUGUAAAGACGUGUAAAUCUUGAGUAUGUUGUCUACAGGUUCCAGAUGAGAAAGAAAUGUGUGAACUAUAUGUGUAGCCCCUUGAAAAAUGAACUUAUGUUAUUGAUGACAAAAAUCAGGAAACAAUUGCUGAUGUCCUUGGUAUGCUAUCUCAGUAUGCAUUUUAACAUUUCAGGUGGACUUUGUUACCUACUCAUAUGCUUCCAACAUUAUAUUCUGGUCUGCGCCAGGACAGUUCACUUUAAAUGCAGCAAGGUCGCUGCAGAUGGAAUGAUUCCCAAACGAGAUGUCGAUAUUGGAAUUGUGUGUAGAAAGAAGAGAAGAGAAAAGGCAAUCCACCCUUUAUAUCCAAACAGCUAUUAGCAUUUCCACAAUCAUUUUCUCCGACCGCUGCCUUUCUGGUAUGUCUUGUGUUGGCCCCUGCUGGGUCAAAACAUGAAUCUGGUGCUACUACUUUUAAAUGAAAGGACUGCUACGGGUGGGUAAGGGGGUGAGGGUGAGGGUUUUGCAGGGAAAGCUGAGGUGUGUUUGGUGAAAGACACUUUAUACUGUGUGUAUCCCCGAGCUGAACCCGUACUAACUCAGAGGUGGAGCUGCUGAUGUGUGCGUGCGUGUCCCACAUGAGCUAGAGUGACCCGGUGGAAACAACGCUCCUAUUUUUGUAACCAGUAUGUGCUGUAACAAUUCUUUGAGGCACUGAAUAAAUGAUUUUUUUUGUCA